UGUUAUACUUCCCCUACCAAAGAAUGUGAAAGAAUAUUUGCUGGAUGAUGGAACGCUUGUGGUUUCUGGAAGAGAAGAUCCACCAAGUCAUGCUCAGGAGGGGAGUGACGAUGCUGAGGAAAUACAGUGGUCAGAUGAUGAGAAUACGACAACGCUUAAGGCACCAGAAUUUCCUGAGUUUACAGCUAAAGUUCAAGAAGCAAUAAGUUCCUUGGGUGGUAGUGUUUUUCCUAAACUUAAUUGGAGUGCUCCAAGGGAUGCCUACUGGAUAGCAAUGAACAGCUCUCUGAAAUGUAAAGCUCUCAGUGACAUCUUCCUCCUCUUCAAGAGUUCAGACUUCAUUACUCGUGACCUCACUCAGCCAUUUAUUCACUGUACUGAUGAUUCCCCUGAUCCUUCCUUGGACUAUGAGCUCGUUCUUCGCAAAUGGUGUGAACUCAUCCCUGGUGCAGAAUUCAGAUGCUUUGUCAAGGAAAACAAGCUUAUAGGUAUAUCACAGAGAGACUACACUCAAUACUACGAUCAUGUCUCUAAGCAACAUGAGGAGAUCUGUAGGUCGAUACAGGAGUUUUUCAAGAAACACAUACAGUAUAAGUUUUUGGAUGAAGACUUUGUUUUUGAUGUGUACAGAGACAGCAGGGGUAAGAUUUGGUUAAUAGAUUUUAACCCAUUUGGUGAAGUAACAGACUCCUUGCUGUUUACGUGGGAAGAACUGACCUCUGGGAAAAACUUGAAAGGAGACCAGGGUGAAGGGGAAGCAACAGAACAGGACUAUCCAGUUUUCCGUUGUACAAACAGUAAAGUUACUGUCCAGCCUAGUCCGUAUCUGAGUUACCGACUGCCGAAAGAUUUUGUGGACCUUUCUACAGGAGAGGAUGUUCACAAAUUAAUUGACUUUCUUAAACUGAAAAGAAACCAGCAAGAUGAUGACUGA